AUGGAUGAGGCAAAUGAAACCUGUCGAAAAGGAGGAAAGGCUCCAACGUAUAAAGAUCCUGACAAGCUUACUCUUGAGAUUCACUAUGGAGGUACACUGAUGCAAGUAGCUGUCGAAAAAGGGGAUGAAUAUUGUGGAGGGGAGGUUGUUUUUCUUGACAAUAUAGAUAGAGAAAAAUUAUCGUGGAUUGAGCUAGUUAGGAUUGCAAAAGAAAUAGGUUAUACAGGGGAGAACAUAUGUUUUUACUACAAGUUGCCUCGUGAUAAGGAUUACAAAUUAAUAGGUAAUGAUGAAAAUGUGUUGCAGAUGGUUGCAGAAAGGCCUAACAACAAAAUUAUCCAUCUAUAUGUUGUUUCAUUUGAUGUGGCACUUUAUGAGUUGUCAUGGCAAGGUCAGCAUGGGGAUUUACUAAGUGAAACAGCAAGUGGCACCUACAAAGAAGCUGAAGGUCAGAAAGGGGAAUAUGAAGGGCAAAAUGAGGGACAAGGUGGGAAUGGUACAAAAAAUGGAGAAGUUAAUAUGCAGGAAGAAAGGGAAAGAGCUGGGAAUGCUAGUGAAAAUGAAGAGAGUGACGAAGAAGAUGAUACAGAGUUCAUAGAUAGUGACUAUGAGCAAGAUACAGAUGCAGAAGAGGUGGAGAUUGAUGAUACAAUGUUUGAGGAGUGCAUUGACAAUCCAAUUGAAGAAGAGCCUGAAGAAAUGGGUUAUGCAGGGGAGAUUUCAGAUGAUGUCCAGAAUUCAGAAGAUCUUCAUAGCAAACAAGAUAGUGAUGACGAGUGUGAUGAGAAUGGUGAAGUCACCAGCAAUAGGAGGAAAAUAAAUGUUCCAAACUUCAGACAAUGGAGGAGAGAAGCUAUGCUAAAAAAUCCAACCUUUGAUAUUGGCAUGCACUUUGCCAACAAAACAGUAUUUAAAGAGGCCGUGCAACACUAUACUUGCAUGGUAGGGAAGAACAUAUGGUUUAAAAAGGAUGACAAACAAAGAGUAAGAGCUGCAUGUGAGGUGGGCUGCCCUUUUGUGAUAUUUGCUUCGAGAAUUGAUGACUCACCAACAAUGGUCAUCAAAACCUUGAAUUUGGAGCAUGAGUGUUCAAGGGAUCAAAGAAAUUAUUGGCUGAAUUCUACUUUUUUUGCUCAAAGGUAUGCAAAUCAGUUAAGGGCUGAUCCGGAUUGGUCAGUUCCUGGAUUUACAGCUGCAAUUCAGAGAGAUUUUGGCUUGGAGCCGAGUAUGCAACAAAUAUAUAGAGCUAAGCUGAAGGCAACGAAGUUAAACAAAGGUAGUUUUGUUGAGCAAUUCCACAAGCUACACGAUUACUGUGAGGAAUUGAAGAGGGCAAAUCCAGGAAGCACAGUUUUGCUUAAAACUGAGAUGGAUGGUGAUCAAAGAAGGUUUCAUAGGCUGUAUAUUUGUUUGGAAGCAUGCAAGACUGGAUUUUUGCAAGGUUGUAGGCCCGUAAUUGGUAUGGAUGGGUGUUUCAUUAAGGGACCACAUCCUGGUCAGUUAUUGGCAGCAGUGGGGAUCGAUGGGAACAAUGGAAUGUUCCCGCUUGCUUACGCUGUUGUAGAGAUAGAGAAUAAAGAGACAUGGGAGUGGUUUAUAAGAAAUCUGAUUGCGGACUUAGCCAUUGAAAAUGGACAUGGUUAUGCUUUCAUUUCAGAUAAACAAAAGGGUUUAGGACUUGCCCUUGGUGAUUUACUUCCCAAUGCAGAACAUAGGCAUUGUGUCCGUCAUUUUUACAACAAUUUCAAGACUUCACAUAGUGGCCUGACAUUAAAACAAAUUAUGUGGGAUGCAGCUAGGGCAACAACAAUUCCUUGGUGGCAAUGCCAUAUGGAGAGGAUGAAGCAAGAGAGUGAAGUUGCUUGGAAGUGGUUGCACCCAAAGUCUGCAGUUCAUUGGAGUAGAUCACACUUUAGAUCCCAGUAUAAGUGUGAUAUUUUGCUGAAUAAUCUUUGUGAAGCUUUCAAUUCUUCAAUAUUAAAGGCAAGGGACAAGCCAAUUAUGUUAAUGCUUGAGGGUAUAAGGACAAAUCUCAUGGUGAGGAUGGCAAAUAGGAGGGUUGCAGCUUGGAAGUGGAAAAGGCAUGUUGGUCCAAGGAUUGAACAAAUUAUGGAGAAGAACAAGCUGGAGGCUGGUUAUUGUAUUCCUACUUUGUCUGGGGAUAUGAAGUAUCAAGUCACAAAUAUGCAUUGGGAGGGGGGGCAAUUUGCAGUAUAUCUUGCAAUAAAAACAUGCUCAUGUAGGAGAUGGGAUCUUUGUGGGCUCCCCAUGUCCACAUGCAAUCAAUUGCAUUCUUAG